AUGAGUGAAGUUAACGGUACCACCAAAAACCCAAUUAUCUUCGCUCCAGAGACGUAUCAGUACGACAAAGAAUCCUUGGAUGAAGAACAAGUUAGUAGUGAUCCUAUUGCGCAAUUCACUAAGUGGUUUGCCGAGGCCCAGCAAGACCCCAAUGAAGCUAUUCCAGAAGCGGUGAAUUUUGCUUCUGCCGAGCUUCCUAGUGGGCGGAUAUCCUCCAGAGUUUUGCUCUUCAAGGAGCUGGACGAUCGUGGAUUUACCAUAUACUCCAAUUGGGAAACAUCGAGAAAGGCACAGGAUGUCAAGACCAACCCACAGGCUGCAUUAACAUUUUUCUGGAAGAACCUUCAGAGACAGGUGAGAGUAGAGGGGCUUGUAGAAAAAGUCAGCCGUGAAACCUCUGAACGCUACUUUAAAACCAGGCCUCGCGGCUCAAAGAUCGGGGCUUGGUCUUCACCUCAAUCAGCAGUUUUAAAGGAUCGCGCGGAAUUAAAGCAGCUUGUGGAGCACAAUGAAGCUCGGUUCGACGGUGUGGAAGAUGUCCCCUGCCCCGAUUUCUGGGGCGGGGUACGUGUGGUACCCUUGAUUGUAGAAUUUUGGCAAGGGAGACCCAGUCGUUUGCAUGAUCGUGUUGUUUUCAGAAGAAAGUCCGAGAGCGAACCUUGGGAAUUGUUGAGAAUAGCGCCUUAA